AUGCUAGCCUUUGGAGCUAAUAACAGGUUUGUUCGUCACACUAACAACAAAAUACAAGAAGAUUCGUCGAUGAUGAACGGGUCAAAUGAAUUGAUGGAUCCGGUCUUGACUACAACUAACGUUUCUGGUACUUCUUCUUCUCCCUCCAAUGACAAUUCUGUCAAUAAUAGUAUAUCUUCUCCAGAAUACACCUUUGGUCAAUUCUCAAUGGAUUCUCCUCAUAGAACGGAUGUUACGAAUACGCCGAUUCUAACAGCAACAAGCAAUACCACGGCUAAUAAUAGUUUGAUGAAUUUGAAAGAUACUGCCAGUUUAGCUACGAAUUGGAAAUGGAAGAAUUUAAAUAACAUGCAGUUCUUGAAUGAAAUUGAGAAGGAAAACACUAAUUCCAACGGCAAGAAUGGUGAAGAUCUGGUAUACAGUUCAGUAGCUACCCCACAAACCCUAAAGGAAGAAUUGAAGAACUUGGAACAGCUAGAGAAGGUGUUUUCUCCAAUCAAUUCCCUAAAUGAUUCCCAGUUUAAUGAAAACAUGGAACUAUCACCACACCAACAUGCAACCUCUCCUAAGACUAAUCUUUUUGAGGCAGAACCUUCUAUAUAUUCUAAUCUGUUUCUAGACGCUAAACUACCUAACAAUACCAACAGUUCAACAGGAUUGAACGACGAUUAUUAUAAUUUAGACGAUACCAAUAACGAUAACACAAACAGCAUGCAAUCAAUCUUAGAGGAUUUCGUAUCCUCGGAAGAAACAUUGAAGUUCAUGCCGGACGCUGGUCGCGACGUAAGAAGGUAUAGCGAAGUGGUUACUUCCUCCCUUCCUUCCAUGACUGAUUCUAGAAAUUCAAUUUCUCAUUCAAUAGAAUUCUGGAACUCGAAUCAUAAAUCUAGUAGCAAUGGGAAAUCCACCCAGCAAAUUAUACCUGAGGACGCUACUACUACAGAAAGACGCGGAUCGACCAUAUCACCAACCACAACCAUAAACAACUCCUACCCAAGCUUCAAAUUAUUAGACCAUGAUGUUUCUCAAGCUUUGAGCGGUUAUAGUAUGGACUUCUCCAAGGACUCCAGUAUUACUAAACCAAGAAGCGCUGCCUCUUCUUUAAAUCGUAUUUCCCAUAGUAGCGCCACUACAAGACAACAACGCGCCUCCUUGCCGUUGAUUCAUGACAUCGAAUCUUUUUCAAAUGACUCAGUAAUGACAAAUCCUUUGUCUGAUUCGACGUCGUUCUUUUCAGAAGAAAAUGAAGACAACGCCUUAAGUGCACUUAAUUAUAACAGCUUAGACGCUGCCGCAAUGUCGACAUAUGACAAUAACGUAGACCCGUUCAAUAUUCUCAAGUGCUCUCCAGAUCAGGAUCAAAAAUUCAUUAAACCUUCUAUGAUGUUAUCCGACAAUGCUUCUGCUGCAGCUAAAUUAGCAACCUCUGGUGUCGAUAAUAUCACGCCCACGCCGGCUUUCCAGAGGAAAAGCUACGACAUCUCUAUGAACCCUUCGUUCAAACCACUUCCUACUAAUCAAGUUCACCACGCUACCCAGCAGCAGCAGCAACAACAACAGCAGCAGCAGCCGCAGCAGCAGCAGCCUCCCAAACAGACAUCCAUAAGCCCAAGCAUAAGAAGAAGAAAGUCGUCAAGUAUUACUUUGAGCCCAACUAUUUCUCAUAAUGGUGGUAAGGUUCCUGUUCAGCCUCGGAAAAGGAAAUCCAUUACUGCCAUUGAUCCCAACAACUACGAUAAAAAUAAACCUUUCAAGUGUAAAGAUUGUGAGAAGGCAUUCAGACGCAGUGAGCACUUGAAAAGGCAUAUCAGGUCGGUUCAUUCAACGGAACGCCCUUUUGCUUGUAUGUUCUGCGAGAAAAAGUUCAGUAGAAGUGACAACCUAUCGCAACAUCUAAAAACUCACAAAAAACACGGUGAUUUUUGA